UGACUAAAUACAUGGUGGCUACUAAAUAAGGAGUGUGAGUAUACGUUGAAUAUAAUACAGGAGGAUUGUAUCGAGUCAAAUAGACAAAGCACAUUUAGUCAGUUGGUUUUUGCCUCUCGAUCGCAGUAGACAGCUCAACUUUUGUACAGCAAGAUGGCGGAUGACAAGAAGAAGGUUAAGAAGAAGAAGGUAAAGGAAGAGGGCGCAAGUUCCGCUGAAGCUACUUCUGAAGCUGCAUCCGAGACGGCAACUCCAGCAGCACCAGCCACCCCUGCCCCCGUCUCCACUGGAGGUUCCCAACGCGCUUCUUCCCGCGGAUCAAGGAAAUCCAAGCGCGCUGGAUCAAGCGUCUUCUCUGUUUUCUCCCAGAAACAGGUUGCCGAAUUCAAGGAGGCUUUCGCUCUUAUGGAUGCCGACAAGGAUGGUAUUAUUGGUAAGAAUGACCUCCGCGCCACCUUCGACGUUAUUGGCAAAUUGUCAAACGACAAGGAAUUGGAUUCCAUGCUUGCCGAAGCCCCAGGUCCAAUCAACUUCACCCAAUUGAUGUCCUUGUUCGCCAACCGUAUGGCUAGUGCAGGUGCCACCGAUGAUGAUGAGGUCGUCAUUGCGGCUUUCAAAACAUUCGACAGGAACGGGCUAAUCGAUGGUGAUAAAUUGCGCCAUGAUCUGAUGGCCUACGGCGAUAAGUUCACUGCCGACGAAGUUGAUGAUGCCUACGACCAAAUGGUGAUUGACGACAAGAACAUGAUUGAUACAGCCGCCCUCAUUGCCAUGCUUACCGGCAAGGACGAAGAGGAAGAAGAGGAGGCCGCAUAAGUGCUGGCACCCUCCUACGAAUAACAUCAACGCAAUGUUCCCAGAUCAAGAACAUCGCAAUCCGAACAACAGUAAUCACCAUCGCAUCAUUGUCAUUAUCUCCAUUCUUUAAAAGCAAAAGGGUAAUAAUUGCUCAUCUCUGGAUUAAAGUUCCAAUGAAAUAAAAAGUGAAAAAAGGAUUUUAUCGA